AUGACUCAGGAUGUUCCUGACAUGACUGAGGAUGUCCCUGAUAUGGCUAAGGAUGCACCUGAGAUGACUGCGGACGUACAGGGUGAUGAUGGUGCUGAGGGGUCAUAUGCUGAUGGAUUCCCAGGUGGGCCACGUGACCCAUCAGUGUUGACAUCAUUUGCGGACCAUGUAGCACAUGCCGUUUGGAGUGGACAGGAACGUCCUGAUUUGAAGUUGGUGUCACAUAGGAGGAAGGUGACAUUGAUUGGGAGGCCAGUGCCUGAGAUUAAAGGACUGACCAGCACCUUCCACCUUCCGGUAGGAGAGUUGACGAUCACAUUGGAUGAUGUGUCGUUACUCCUUCAUUUGCCUAUCACUGGCGCGUUGCACAGCUUUCAUGCUCUUUCUACGGAGGAGACGAUAUUUUUGCUGACCGAGUUGCUUGAGGUGUCUGCCGAGGAGGUUAGAGCCGAGACAGCACUGACACAUGGGGCAUACAUACGACUGGGAUGGGUUCGAGACAUUUACGAGAUGAGAUGUCAGGCCCGGCGGUGGAUUGUAGCAGCUCGUGCUUAUCUGUUGCACCUGGUCGGUUGCACUCUUUUUGCUAAUAAGAGUGCAACAUACGUUCAUGUGGUGCACCUAUACGCUUUCCGCGACCUAGGUCAGAGUGGUGGUUAUGCUUGGGGAGUUGCCGCGCUGGUUCAUAUGUAUGACCAGUUAGAUGAGGCUUCUAGGACCACCACACGACAGAUUGCGGGGUACCUGACUCUAUUACAGUGCUGGAUCUAUGAGCACUUUCCUAGUGUGCACCAGUGCGUGACAGAUGAUGCAUACUAG